AUGGCUUCACAGCGACGUACCAAGAAUUUCGCCAAUGACCCUCAGACACCGAUGUUCCUCUACAACAUCCUCAAGCAAUUGGAUCUUAGGUCAAUCAACUGGAGCGAGGUGGCCGACGGUCUCGGCAUCUCAAAUGGCCACGCUGCCCGUAUGAGAUACAGCCGCAUGAAGUCGCAGUUUGAAGGGCUCUCAAGUCAACCUAAACCACCAAAGCCUAAGAACGAGAAUACCAGUGCAAGCAAGUCUGCCAAAAGCAAAGCCAAGGACAACAAACGCCGCCUCAUCGAAGAAGAAACCGAGCGACUGGGUAGCGGACAACCGACCAUUCAGUCUGCGAUGCAACAAGAUCAUGGUCAUAAGAGAAUCAAAGUCGAGCCACAGUCGUAUACGAACGCUUGGCACAACACAGGCAGCACCUACACCGGGUAUACAAGUCAACCUGGUGCGAAUACAUAUUGGUGUCAGCCAAAUACCCGAUCCGAGCCAUUCCCCCUGGCAAUGCCAACUGGGGCCCCUCAAAGCAUUUCAUCGACACCUGCAAUCAAGCAGGAGUCGGAAGCGACUAAGCCCUGUUCCACUGAUGUGCCCAGUUCAGCGCCAGCGAUCAAGCAAGAGCCGGGUCUAGCAGGGAAAGACUCCAAUAUGGCUGACUCUGACGUUGUCGAAGUAGAACGGGGAGCAGGAAAGAGUUUGACGCAGCGGUCACCUACUACGGCGUACAACGUCCCCAUGGCUCCCAGCUACCCUCUAACACGCACCAUCAACGCCUACUUCGAUCGCAGCCACAGUCCCUUUCUCAGCACACAGCCGCGACCGUCGAUGGAUAGCAUGACAGGGUACACCACAUCUCAGACCUUCUCCCAUGGCGCAUAUCCGUACGUUACCCAUGGCAAUGGCAAUACCACGCCGAGUGCCUUGUCGUGGAUCGCACGUCCUCUGGGUCACAAGGCAACUGCAAUGUCGCUUGAGGACGACUCCCACAACAUGAUGCUGAACCCCUACGCAACGACAUAUCAAGACAUGCUCAACAUGCCCCUGUACCGACGCAGCCCGUCUAUCUUGCCGAUUCCCAAUCCGAGCACGCAACAGACUGUGAGUCCGCCCACUUCCGAUCACGCACAACGCCUGGGACGAGAGCAGGACACGAGAAUUGCACCAUCCGCUACCGUUACACCAGCUCCAGAAGCACAAGGUCUACUGGAUACUACGGCUAGCGUCAGUACUUCAACCUCCCCUACGUCUCCAGAGUCUGCUGCUGGCCCACCUGAACCGCGCCAGGACAAAACCAUGGGUGAGCAGGCAUCCACCGCGGCCAACGCGAGCCUGGGGAAGACUGGCGCUGAGGGGGUGGGGAAUGCGGCCUCAACUACGCUAGUCAUUGACAAUACCGUGGUGAACAUCAAGACUGAGGUGGUGGAACUCUGA